AUGAGGAAGAUGAAGGAUUUCAAGGAUGAGAAAGUAGAAGAAAUGGUUGUGAUAGCUAAGGAAUGGCUGGGAUGGAUGCUGGAAUGCUUGCAGCGGCUGAAGGGAGGAAGGAAGGAAGGUGGUCUAAUGGUUGCUAGGGUACUUGAGCAAACAAGAGAUGUUGGUCGAUGGUUACUGGAUGCUUGCAGCAACCAAAGGAUGAAGGUUGAUGGCUCAGGAAUGACUGUGAUGACUGAUGGAAUGCUUGCAGCAGCUGAAGAAAGGUGA